AUGGCUCCUGUUCUAAAUUCCUCUUCAGGCCCUGUUAUCAGGCUUGUCCCUGGCCUUGUGGCCAUCGAAGUCGCACCGGCUCACCACUACUUCGACAAGACCCCAGAAGGCCCAACAGAACUCGGCUUCUCUUAUGCCUUCUUAGCAGCCGUUGGAGUCGCCUUUGUCGUCCUCAUCUGUGUGGAUGUAUAUGCCAAGCACGGGCCCAAGCCGACGCCGGGCGAACGUGUCUGGUACAAGCGCAAGUUUGACAAGGCAAAGGGCGGAUACUAUGUUUGCAAAGACACGCUUAACAGACUGUUUGUCCGGAAAAAGCAGAGGCUCGAUCUAGAGAAUGCAGUGGCGACUCAGAGGACGUUUGACUCUCAAAAGAUUAUCGAUAGGCUUGCGGCCAAGCCUGCUGCCGAAAAGGCUCCAACCAUGGUGGAAGGCGCCGAGGCUGAGGAGAAGAGCGCCGGGCCGAUGGCGGGCAUUGAAGUCAGGGUCACGCCCUUGGAUAUGCCGUUUCUUAGAGAUGGUGCCGCUGUGGAUACUGCCGUCAAAGAUGGCACUCCCAAGAGCGAUGAUGCGGGCGGCAGUGGAGCAGCCGGCCUUUGA